GACUGUCCGUUGCCGCAGCAGCAGCAGUGAGUGAAGUGUGUGAAGCUACAGGAGUCACUUCACAGCGUGUAGGUCCCGGGACAGCGCAACUACGAGCUGAACCACACUUUUACUCGGUGUUUAUAAUUUAAAACAGCUCCGCGGUGAUUUCUGUUCACUUGUUUUACUGCCGCGGUUGUUUUCCCUCCACGCUGAACUGGUCUUUGUUGUUAACAGAGGAGAGAAAGGGAGCAGGUCAUUGGACAAGUGUUCAACUUCUUCUACUCUGCUGUCACUCAGGAAUGUGAAGAUGACACAUUCUGUCAGCUCCUUCCCAACGGAAAGUGUCAUCUCUAAAUCCUUCUCCUUGGACCUCUUCUCUAGCAGUGAACUCCUGACAGAGCCAUACACAGAGGACAGCUUCCCCAGUGUCACCAACUUCAGUGAGUCAAGCAGCCUCCGCUGCACCUACAAGGAGGACUUUAAACGUAUUUUGCUUCCUGCUGUGUACACCUUUGUUUUCCUGCUCGGCCUUCCUCUCAACGCCGCUGUCAUACAGAAGAUAUGGAAGACCCGGCCAAAUCUGUCCAAAAACAACAUCUAUAUGCUCAACUUAGCCAUAGCCGACUUUCUGUAUGUGAUGUCACUUCCCCUACUCAUCUACAACUAUGGCAGCCAUGACUACUGGCCCUUUGGGGAGUUUGCCUGUAAACUGGUCAGGUUUCAGUUCUACAGUAAUCUGCAUGGCAGCAUCCUCUUCCUCACCUGCAUCAGUGUGCAGCGCUAUGUGGGCAUUUGCCACCCUUUUGCAGUGUGGCCCAAGCAAGGUGGUCGCAGGAUGGCGUGGUGUAUCUGUGGAGGGGUGUGGCUGGUGGUCGUCGUCCUGUGCGCACCAACUUUUCACUUUGCUGCAACAGGAAUCCAGCGAAACCGCACGGUGUGUUAUGAUUUAAGCACACCGAAGCGUUCAGUAGACUACUAUCCUUAUGGCAUGGCUCUGACCUGCCUCGGCUUCCUGUUGCCUUUCAUGGGCGUGAUGGUGUGCUACUGUCGGAUGGCCCACAUCCUCUGUCGCCCGGUGUCCUACCAGGGUGUGUCCAUGGCGACUGGGGAGAAACGGGACAAGGCGGUGAGGAUGAUCAUCGUGGUGGCAGCAGUGUUCUGCAUAAGCUUCCUGCCAUUUCACCUCACAAAGACCAUGUACCUGGUGGUGCGCACUCUGCCAACUGUGCCCUGCGAGACCAGAAACCUGUUCUCAAUCAUAUACAAGAGCACCAGGCCGUUUGCCAGCAUGAACAGCUUUCUGGAUCCAAUUCUAUUUUAUUUCACCCAGCCACGCUAUCGCAGGAGCACCAGGAGGUUUGUGCUCAGAGUCACCACCCUCAAGGACAAAGGCACCAGUGUAUAAACCAAUAGUACAUCCUAAACUGCAACAUUAUUUGUUAUUGGUGGAUCCUAGGAUGCUGCAAAGUAGAGCGUGUAUUGGUUUUAAACAGUUUUCCUUGUAUAUGUUCUAAUGUUGGCUGCAGCCCUUUAAUACCACUGCCGCCUUUCAAAAGGAACUUAGAUGGAUUUUGAAGUACUGGCAUUUCAAGGAACCUUCUCAAAUGCACUAUGAAGGUUGUACUCUUGUGAUAUGAAAGUCAGAUAGACUAACUAGGAAGAGAUAUACCCGGAAUCCAUAUUGUCUGCAGUGUACAUGUGAAUGCUGAUGAUAUGAUCAGCAGAGUCACCAGGGCACUCACAUCCUGCAUUGUCUCUGUUAUCUGUGAAAUGUUUACUUUCAGUCUGCGCUGAGCACUGGGGUUGUAAACUUCUUCAUAAAAUGUUUGUUUAACACUGUGAACUGCAGUAUAAUAGAAGUGCUCUAACAUUAUAACAUAAUGAGGAGUGUCUCCACUGUUUUUAUAGAACUGUGGAUGUAAGAUGAGGUGUGCGAUGUACAUAGCGAAAGAGAGAAGGAGAGAUCAAUAACUGUAUGUUUUAGGAUAAAAUCCAGUACGGCAGCACUGUUGAAAUGCAUGUUAGAAUUGCAUGAAGCACUUAUGUGUGAAAAUGAACUGAUGCUGGGGUAAAACAUGCCUCAUAGAGAAAAGAUUGCAAUGGUGAAAUACGUAUGUCUAUGCAUAUUCUUAUACAGAGUUAUGACACUCUCAUGUGAAGGUUUGUCCUGUUUGAUCAUGUAGAAAUGAUAGUUUUGAACAUUAUCUGAGUUGUAAGGCUUGUUGUUGCAUGUUUUCACCACUGGAUGGUGUAGGCACAUCACUGCUGUAACCCCAUUGCAUACAGAUGCUGGUAAUGUUCUCUCUAAAUUUUUGGUUUGGUUAUCAACAGCAGCAUUUUGUUGGGAUUUGGUUUUACCAGCUACUAUCAGAUAUAAACCAGUGAUAAGAAAACUUAUAUAUUGAGCUCAUACCACACUAAACUUGCCAUCAGUCCGCAGUUUGCUCCAUGUUCUUUAAACUCUCCAGUAGACAAAGAAGAUCUAUCUGUUUAAAAGUAUGUGCCGCAGUUAAUGGAUCCUUAUCAGAUGCUUAAAGGGAAGGAAAAAUGCAAUUUAUGGACUUGAGGGCCGGGUCUAAAUGAAGCCUUAACCCUGCGGCUUUCCACUUCCUGUGAGUGUUUGAACACUUCCCAUGUAAUAUGACUUCUGUUCCAACAAAUCAACACAGUUGCCAGGAAUCUGAAUCAAGGAUGAGUAAAAGGGAAUUGAGACAAUUUUGAAAAGAAGCUUCUCUACCCUUUAAAACAUUCUCCAGAAUACAUGUCACAAUUGUGUGAUUGUACUUGGUAGCUCUUACAAAGUGGAAAGUUUAAACUUUUAAUUUCCCUCUGGUGCGUUAUACCAAGUAAGUGAGUUACUGAAUUAAAUGUUGAUGAAAUGAACAUGAAUGCAAAUUGCAUUGUAAAUGGACGUGUGUGUGUAGUAGAUUGUUGUUGCUGCUUUUUACUGUGUCUUAAUGUUAAUUUAACUUGAUCCAAAUGUUUUUGCUUGCGCCUUUUUAACUUUUGCAUGUAUUUUUCAAUGCAUGCUGUAGAGAAAACAAUUAAACUAGUUUAAUCUGUAUGAAUAUA